CUCCUUCGGCAACCAAAUGCAUCCGGUCUUAUCUUGAACAGCCACCCAGGACAAGAGACAACCUCCUGGAUCCCCUGACUGGACCGCAUUCCGACUUCAACCAUGUGCUCCGCAAACCCAGGCAACUGGGUCACGUUUGAUGACGACCCCGCUUUUCCUUCUUCUCAAAAGUCAAAGAAUUUCCAGCGGGAGAAUCAAGGUGUCUGCAGACCCAAAGGGCUCAAGCUGAACCUCUCUGGCUUCAGGGACGUUUCCAGUGGCUCCUCAUCCACCUGCAGCACCCCUCUUCCUUCGCCCAUUGUAGACUUCUAUCUCAGCCCCGGCCCUCCCAGUAACUCCCCUCUUUCCACCCCGAUCAAAGACUUUCCAGGCUUCCCCGGGGUGUCCAGAGCAGGGACUCACGGGCUGCACCCUCACCCAGAGUCACCUGCAGGCAGCGCCCUGCCCGCCCCAGGGGCAGGCCCCCCCGCCUUACCCACCAAACCAGCCUGCUCACCGCACGCCUCCCUGCCCAGCGACCACCCUUGCCCGUGCCCAGCGCCCCGUGCGGGCCUUCCAGAUGAAAGCAGCCUCGCAGGCGACAGCCCGCAGGGUCGGCCUUUCCAGGAUGACUGUGCCUUUUCCAGCCCCUUCUGGAAAGGGGAAGGCGGUGCUUCCCCGUUCAUCUUUGACCCUCCGGGAGGCAGGAAGACAUUCCCGCCAAGAGACCAAGAGAUGCCCAUUGAUGCCAAAAGCCUCAAUCAGGGUUCGCUCAACUACAUCUGCGAGAAGCUGGAACACCUCCAGUCGGCUGAGCACCCCGAGCCGCUGGGUGGCCGGUCGCGGCCCCGCCUGGAUGCUGAAGCCACCGCCGCCGCCCCCUUCGUGCCGCGCGCGCUCUUCCGCAGCCGGCCCAGAGCCGGGUGGUCCUUCAUGCUGCGGAUUCCCGAGAAGAAGAACUUGAUGUCGUCCCGGCAGUGGGGGCCGAUUUUCCUGAAAGUCUUACCUGGAGGGAUCUUGCAGAUGUAUUACGAGAAGGGGCUAGAGAAACCCUUUAAGGAGUUCCAGCUGGACGCGCACUGUAGGCUUUCGGAGCCCAAAGUGGAGAACUUCAGCGUGGCGGGGAAAAUCCACACGGUCAAGGUCGAGCACGUGUCCUACACGGAGAAGAGGAAGUACCAUUCCAAGACGGACCUCGGGCGCGAGCCGGAUGUCGAGCAGAUGCUGAAGCUGGGCUCCCCCGAGUACCCCGACUUCCUCGACUUUCUGACCACGGUGGAUGAGGCGCUCGUGAGGCUGCCGGCGGUCCCGAGGCCCAAAAGGAACUACGAAGACCAGGAACUGACCUUGGAGAUCACGGACAACGUCUGGGGCCGAGUCUCGAGAGAAGGGAAGAUGGCCGAGAGCGCCGUGAUCACGCACAUCUGCUGCCUCGCCUUCGUGAACGGGAGCGCCGAGUGCUUUCUAACCUUGAACGACCUCGAGCUGCCGAAGCGAGACGAGCGCUACUUCGAAAAGGACCCGGGAAAGCGAGGGAUUGAGAUCCUGGACUAUCAUUUUCAUCCGUGCGUGAAGGCGCAGGAAUUCGAGCACUUGAGGGUCAUUAAGUUUGACCCGCUGGACGCCUGCCGAUUUGAGCUGAUGCGUUUCAAGACGCGCUUGUCGGGGGACGAGCUGCCUUUUUCUGUCAAGUCCGUCGUGGUGGUCCAGGGAGCAUCUGUGGAACUGCAGUCCUUCCUCAACAUGGCCCCAGCGGCCCAGAGACCCUCGCACGCCGGGCCCCCGAGGGCCUGUGAGAACAUCACGAUCCACUUCCCCGUGCCAUCGCAGUGGGUCAAGGCCCUCUGGACCAUGAACCUGCAGAGGCAGAAGUCUCUGAAAGCCAAAAUGAACCGCAGGGCAUGUCUGGGAAGUUUACAGGAACCCGAGACGGAGCCUGUCGUGCAAGUCACCGUGGGCUCCGCCAGAUACGAGAGCGCCUACCGGGCCGUGGUGUGGAAGAUAGACCGGCUUCCCGACAAGAAUUCAUGUUCUGAUCAUCCCCAUUGUCUGUCAUAUAAACUAGAGCUUGGAUCAGACCAAGAAAUUCCCUCGGAUUGGUACCCAUUUGCUACUGUUCAUUUCGCUACACUUGACACCUGUGCCUCAGGGACAGAGGUCAGGUCUCUGGGCGUGGAGUGCGAUGUCCAGCCUCAGAAACAUGUUCAUCAGCGAGCUUGCUACAAUAUCCAGGUUGAAAUAGAGAAGAAAUGGAUUAAAAUGGAUGGAGAAGACCCAGAUAAAGCUGGUGAUUGCCUAACUCAAUAAGAGCAGCAAGAGUUUCUGACAUGAUCCACUCUUCAAAUAUUUCAUUCCUAGAACCAUAGCCCGUGCUGCUAUUGCAUGGUGGCAAUUAAUUCUGAAAGGAGGGGCUUAGGACAGGGCCCAUGGCUGUGGUGAGAGAAGUGUAGACCGAAAGCCAAACUAUCCAAAUGAGGGUCAGCCGGAAAGGUUUGCUAUAAGACCAUAGCCCUCGAAGCAUAUUUUUAAACAAAAAUAUAAAAAUAUGGAGCCAGCAUGUUUCAAUAGUCUCCGUUUAUGUUUGAGCAAUUCUGACGGUGGUGUUUGCAUUUCUCUCACCCGGCCACCAGAAUGCCGCACGCCUCAGUUUACACCACGUGAAGAUGGCGGUUUGAGCCUCCUUAAGGAGCCCACACAGCAUUCCUUUCCAGUGUUAUUGGAGUUUGGGGAACAAAGAAAAGUCUAAAAGGGCAAGGUCUGGGGUAAAGGUUCCCAUUGGAAUGACUCUUGGCAAUCUCAAAAAAAAUCACCAGGACUUGAGCUGACAUCUCUGCCUUGAAUUUAUCUGGCUCAGCAGAUCCCCGUGGAAGCCACUAUUCUGAGUGGACAGUUUACUUUGAAGGGGUCCCAUGAGACUAAGACAAGCACACCGCUGAGGGAACUUGUCUCCAGCCAUCCACCGAUCAGAGUCUUGUUAGAACACCUUUUGUUUGGAAUAAACCCAUGUGUGUAUGAACUGGGACCCGUAACAAUACUUCUGAACUUACCCUCAUUUACCGUAUAUAUGCGAGUAUAAGCCGACCCGAAUAUCCGCCGAGGCACCCAAUUUUACCACAAAAAAUGCAUAAAAGAUGUGCUGAAAACUCAGCUUACACUCGAGUAUAUACGGUGUUUAUGUUUUUGAUAUGUUUGUGGCCUAGGGAUUUGAUAUCUAAUGUGUGGGGCUUCUUUGCUUCUGAUGGUAACCAAAAGUCACCGUUACUUUCUGUGUGACUCACCAGCCAGGUAGGCUUUGGUGUUUGACUCCUCGUGGGCACCUUGCUUUAUGCUCUGGAUUUCAGAGGACCCGUAUGUGCUGUCCCCAGUCUCAGACUCUUCUUGCUGCCUUGGCACUGGUCCUGGAGGGUGAGACAAUCAUAAGAGGCCAUCCCCUGCCAUCGAGCUGAUUCCCACUCACCGCAGCCCUAGAUGGGGCUUCUGAGGCUAUGGAUCUUUGUGGGAGCAGACAGCCUCAUCUCUCUCCUCCGGGGUGGCUACUGGGUUUGAACUGCUGAGACUUUACGUUAAUAGUUAAAUGCCUACCCCAACAUCACCAACAGGACCUAGUUUUCUGCUCUUGAUCAUUUCUGGAAUGUGCUACGUGUAGAAAGAUGUUGAUUACCGAGGUAAAAAAUGGAUAUUUGGAAGUUAUCUACGAUUGGGAUUUUUUUUAAAUCUCCCUUUUAUAUUUGUAAACAAUCAUGGACUGUUUUUGGUACUAGUCCUUCUUCCAUUGUAUUCUUACUGUUAUUCCGGUGUGUUUUGCAAAGAAGUCAUUUCUGCCCAUCUGUAUUUUUGGUCAUUGAAACAUUCUGCCUUUUCUGCUACAAGGUGGCGUCGGCUCAGUGGCAAUGAGGUUUUUAUUGUUCGUUUUCUCAGUUUGCCUUUUCACUUGGAUUCCUUUCAAAAUGGAAUUUUAGCAUUGGACAUUACUUACAUAUUUGUGCUCAUUAUUUUUAAAAUUCAUGAAUGUUGCUCCCCAGUAGUGGCGAUUCUAAGAGUGAAUGUUGAAAAAGGGUUAUUUGUAAGUAGCCCACGCCUCUAUUGGUUAGAAGUCUGAAUCAUACCAUGAUGCUUUUAUGCGAGUUUUGCUAUCCUAUUACUUUUUGCCAGCUCUGCCUAAUUUAGAGUCUCUGUCUUUAAAAGGUGAACAACGGGAGAGACACUGGAUUAUUCUAUCUUCUAAGAGGCAAUAUUCCUUUCUCCACGGUCGUGAGCCAUUAUCAUUCUGUUUAUAAGUUCUUCUCAGUAUUUGCAGUGGAAUGUCAGAAUUUUCAGGUCUAUGUAACCUUUAUUCUAGAUAUAAUUUUAGUCUGAAAAACAAACCCUUCAUAAGGUAUGAAUACCCUUUCAAUUUAUCUUAACGAUCACGAGCAGGUAUUUUUCUCUAUUUACUAAACUCAUAGUGUUCUUCCAAGCAACAUUUAUUUGUUGGGUGAUAAAGUUUAUUUUAUAUGUUUUAUUGUGAUAUUAUAUUUGUUUUAACCGGUUAAAACAACCCAACACAUUAAAACAAACUUUUCUGAUGGAGGGGCCCAA